AUGAAUAGAAGCAGACAUCAAGAAGUCCAAUUCAAGGUGAACAACGUUGUAUGGCAAACCCUCACAUUCAUUCGGAAUAGUAUGUCCAACGGCAGCCUCAAGUCGAAGCAUUGGAGGGGAGUUAGACUUGGAGUUAACAUCCCGAGUCAUGCGACUCCAAGAAGGUCGCAGCCACUAGCUAUGACGAUCACAUGGAAGCCCCCGGAUCAACCGUGGCUGAAGCUCAACACGGAUGGAUCGUUUAACGAAUCAAAUGGUAAAGCCGGGGGAGGAUGCCUCAUUCGGGACCAUUCGGGUAGGCUAAUGGUGGCUUUUGCGCUACCACUAACCGCACAUUCAGUACUUGAGGCCGAACUAUUAGCCAUGCACCACGGUUUGGUAAUGGCCAAGGAAUUAGCAAAACCGAUCUGGCUCGAAGCGGAUGCCGAGCAAGCAAUCAAGUUAGUGGAGGGAAAAGAGUGGGGGCACGCGCACAUCCGCAGGACCAUGGUGCAUCUUGCCCUACACAAGUGGCACCUAACUCUCCGCACCACCUUCAUAAACCGAGAAGGAAAUAAGGCGGCCGAUCUCCUUGUGAAAAUGGGUCUGGAGCUUAGUGAUAGACAAGUGUGGGACGCUCAAGCCGCGCCGAGAGGCCUCAAGGAUAUCAUCCGAAUGGAGCAAAUGGGGAUUCCCAACAUUCGUGUGUGA